GUGAGCACUUGCAUGUCAACAACAGAGCGCGGACAGACACAUAACCCAGGCAGGAGAAGCGGUGUGUACAGUAGUUGCUACAGACAGUAGCCAGUGGGCUGUGCUGAGUUGUGGCUGACAUGGAGGUGGUGCUGGAGGCGGUGAAGGCUCUGUUGCCCCUGGAGCCCAGCGGCCUGUCCGUGUCCGUGGGGAUGCUGCUCCUCUUCCUGGGCCUUCUCUACUGGUAUUCUAUCUAUCCAUACUCCGUCCUGGCGCGAUGUGGACUGCGGCACCCCAAGCCCACCCCGUUCUUUGGGAACAUCAUGCUGUUUCGAAAGGGAUUCCUGGACCCCCUGAAUGACCUAAUCAACACUUAUGGGCGGGUUUGUGGGUACUACCUGGGUAGGAGAGCAGUGGUGGUGGUGGCGGAUCCAGAUAUGCUGCGGCACGUGAUGGUCAAGGACUUCAACCUCUUCCCCAACAGAAUGAGGGUGCGCUUCUCCAGUAAGCCCAUGACUGACUGUCUCCUGAUGUUGACUGAUGACCAUUGGAAACGGGUUCGCAGCAUCCUCACGCCCUCCUUCAGCGCCGCCAAGAUGAAAGAGAUGGUGCCAUUGAUCAACACCGCCAGCCACACGUUGCUGACCAACCUUGAAGGACAUGCAGAAAGUGGACAGAGCUUUGACAUCCACAAGUGUUUUGGCUGCUUCACCAUGGAUGUGAUAGCCAGCGUGGCGUUCGGGCUGCAGGUGGACUCCCAGAGCAACCCCAACGACCCCUUUGUCUUCCACGCCCAGAAGUUCUUCUCCUUCUCCUUCUUCAGGCCCAUCAUGUUCGUCUUCAUCAUGUUCCCGUUCCUGGUGCCUCUUCUGCGGUUCCUGCCCAAUAAGAAUCGUGAUGACAUGAACGGCUUCUUCAUCAGCUGCAUACAGAAGAUGAUCCAGCAACGAGACGAGACGCCCCCCGAACAGCGCCGUCGAGACUUCUUGCAGCUGAUGCUGGAUGCACGCUCCUCCAAGGAGACUGGCGUGUCACUGGAGCACUUCGACAUCGUCAACCAAGCAGACGAGGCCGCCCCCUCCACUUCCACCUCCACCUCCCCCUCACGCGCACACACACACUCACCGGGACACAAGCACACACUCAACGGCUCAGCACCGCAAGAGAACAGCUCUGUGUCUCCCAAACCCUCACCGCCAACACACACCACCCCCACCCCCCCACACACCGCCUCCUCCUCCGCCACACACACCACCUCCUCCUCCGCCACACACACCACCUCCUCCGUGGCGCAGAAGAGGGUGAUGACGGAGGAUGAGAUCGUGGGCCAGGCCUUCAUCUUCCUGCUGGCGGGCUACGAGACCAGCAGCAACACCCUGGCCUUCACCUGUUACCUGCUGGCCCUGCACCCCGAGUGCCAACACAGGCUGCAGGAAGAGGUGGACGACUUCUUUACCAGACACGUGAGUUACACACAC